AUGGCAGACGUCACGGAAGAAGAAUCUCGAACUGGAGAGACUGGUAUUGAUUGCCGGGAUAUUUCGGGAGAGACGGGGUUCCAGAAAAAUGAAAACGACGAGGACAACGUCGAUUAUGUAAACGCUACCUUCGACCAGACAGCUGUUUUUAUCGAGGGCUCAGAAAAUGUGCCGAAGUGCGGACACUGUUCUGAGUCCGGCAACAUUGUGAUAUUGCCGACAGAAAAUGACGACUCAAAUGAUGUGUUGGAUGGGCAUGAACACUGUGGUUACAUCCAUCAUACCAUCUCACCGGAUCAUAUACAAAUGCAGAUCAACCCUGGUGAUAAUUUUAUGCCGGAACACAUCGGUGGGGCGACGCUCACCCUUGAAUCACGGGACCCUAAAACCAAUGUAAAAGUGGUGAAACGUUAUGAAUGCAGUUAUGAGGGCUGCCAGAGAUCGUACAGUACUGCUGGUAAUCUGAAGACCCAUCAGAAAACUCACAAGGGACAGUACAGUUUUGCGUGUACUCAAAUGGGAUGUGGAAAAGCAUUCCUCACGUCGUACAGUCUGAAAAUACAUGUCAGGGUGCAUACGAACGAAAAACCUUUUUCAUGUGAGCAACAAGGAUGCGAUAAAUCAUUCAACACUUUAUACAGGCUUAAAGCUCAUAAGAGAUUACAUUCAGGGAAAACAUUCAACUGUGAAUCGGAUGGCUGUACGAAAUAUUUUACAACUCUUAGUGAUCUUAGAAAGCAUUUCAGAACGCAUACAGGUGAAAAACCAUACAGGUGUGUCUACAAUACCUGUGAUAAAGCUUUUGCUGCCAGUCAUCAUUUGAAAACACACAUCAGAACACAUACAGGUGAGAAACCAUAUGUGUGCAAUGAAAGUGGAUGUAGUCGUGCCUUUACUACUCAGUAUAGUUUGAAAAGUCACCUCAAGGGACAUCUCAACAAAGCCUCGAAAUCGUCAGAUGGUAAUAGUCAAGAAACAGUUGUUUCAGCGAGUGAUGUUUCCUUGGACUCACUUCCCAGCUAUGAGAGCUGUGUCGGCAGUAGUGUACUCAUAACAACAGCUAAUCCAUCAACUCAGCAACAAGUCGUGAAUUGUGAAAUUUACGAGCAACCGGAACAAUUAAGUAACAGCACACCAGAACAAAUACUGACCAAUAUGUAUGUAGUACAAAGUGAUUCUAGUAUGAAUGGAACUGGCCAGGUGACUGCAACAAGUGAUAUAACAUCUGCUAGUAGCAGCACGCAACAAACACCUACCACACUAAUAGUGCAGAACGCUAAGGGUGAACAAUUUAUCAUCCAGGCAAACUUGGCAGAAACCCUGACAGACACCCCUACCCAUGUACUGACACAGGUGGCACCAGAAGGAAACACUCUCACAUCCAAUGUGGUGCCCGCGACAACACAGCUGAUCAUGGCACCUGGCAGUGUGCAAUCCAAUGUGGGGCCCGCGACAACUCAGCUGAUCAUGGCACCUGGCAGUGUGCAAUCCAAUGUGGGGCCCGCGACAACACAGCUGAUCAUGGCACCUGGCAGUGUGCAAUCCAAUAUGGUGCCCGCGACAACACAGCUGAUCAUGGCACCAGCGAACAUGCAAGUGCAGGAUCUAUUGCCGCAGAACAGUGCAUUAGAAGUGACUUCAACUGGACAGAACAACCAGGUGCAGCAGAGCACCACUGCAAUUGACGUCACCCCAGAGCAAAUCACGUAUAUUGUUGCUGAGAAAACACCUGAUGCACACAACAGAAUCUGUGAGCCUCACACCACCACGGUAACAGAAGAAAGUGACAGUUUCACCAAUAGUGAAUCAAAUUUGCAAAUGAAGUCUGAGAUUAAGACAGCCAACUGUGAGCAAGUAAAACACAUCAACACGGGUUUAUCCCUCUCUGGAUAUGAGACCAUAUCAAAUGAUUUUGUUUCCAACCUAUUACAGACACAAGAAUCCAACCCGUCCAGUGAUCAUCUAACUCAGACAGAAUUUACCACUACAAAUAACAUAAUCAACACUCUUGGCUUGAGUUUUGUAACUAGUCCUGUGACAAUGUCAACGAACACCACAUCCAGUGUUACCACAAACAACAUUGCUCAAGAAGUGAAUUGUAUUAUACCACAUAAUAAUAGUGAGAGUAAGUAA